AUGACAAUAGUCGUUAUUAGUUUACUUGACAACACUUAUACUAAUUUGAUACAAGAGAUUUUUUCUUGUAAAGAUAUUCAAACUUGGAUUUUGGUAUCACGGUUGAGUUUUGAAAAGGAACCGAUUGUAGUGUUAUUAUCCGUUUAUUCUGUUUCACCAGUUCCAGAUAUCAGAACAUUUCUUCAAAAGGAUGCCCAAACAGAAGGUUCCUAUAGUGCAUCAGUUUCAGAGAAACGAUGGAAAAUUGAUGUUCAUCUAAAAGAAUUGUUGAGAAACCUUGAAGAUUCGUGGUUAGGAUCAUGGAGGUGCUUACUUUAA